AUUUUAUCUUUUGUUGAGAUCCUUGAUUUAUUUUAUGGAUAGCCGAAAGUAAUACUUUACGUCAUCAAAAUCGUCCACUUCUUUACACAACAGCCACUAACCAAAAAUUAUGGAAUCUUGUCGACUAAAAUGUAAAUUUGGAAAGAAAUUUUAUCGUAAUUGUGUCAAUGCCGCAUUCCAGCCGAGACGGAAGUUGACUCCAAAAACAACCGAGGAGCACGAUCACUGGGUCCAGUUCAAUGCAAUGUGGUUGUGUUUUAUUGUUAUUUUUGCGGCUUAUGAGUAAAUUUGUUGGAAUUAUAUAAUUAAACAUUCCGGUGCAAACUAGCUCAGAACAAAUAUCUUACUCAACAAAAUUAGUCUUUAAAGUAGUUUGUUUUUCUUGUAUAUUAUUCAACAACAUCUCAAAGUGACUAAUUUCGAUUCGAUUCUAUAUUGAAACAUUUCUACAUUUUAUGUCUGACAGCUCAGACACAAACGUACAAUAAAAUAUAUAACAUUUCGUGUUAUUGAAUGAAAAUGAAUUUCUCAUUUGCUAAUAAAUUCCUAUUUUUCCUAAUAUUACUAUUGCUUUACAUAACCAGAAGCACUCAUUCACAAACUGAAUUCCCCAGAGUGACGAUUGGAAAGUGGGUUUUAUUAAAUGAAAGUGACACCUCAAAUUUUUCCGUGGCUCUCGAACCCGCACGACGAGGCAGUGGAUCCAGACACAUUUUACAGUUGUCUAAUCGCAUUAGGAACGUGUCUUUGAACUGCGAGUCCAACUACCCGGUUCAAUGGAAGUACACGGGUUUCACGUCUCCACUCCAAGUGAACCUAACGAACUACAGAAAGAACACUGAAAAUGGAACAAUCUUCCUCGCUCAAUUGUUCAUAUAUCGUGUCAGUUCACAACUCACGGGACAAUGGUCGUGCCAACUAUUGAGGGAUAAUCGGAUUCAAAACGUUGUUUAUAUAUUUGCAGAGGAAUACGGCUACCGUGGAGAAGAUCCGUUCUUCCUAGAAUAUGGCAGAGACAAGGAUAUUUUUGUCAAAGCUGAUCAAACAGAAGUAAUUAUUCCUUGUCUCUCUUACAAGAGACGAAUUCAAGCAAAGUUGGCAAAACGAGUCUCCCAAAAUGGAAAGGAAACGUAUCAAGAGCUGGACAAAUCUCUUGUUGAAUAUGAUCCGACAGAGGGUUUCCGACUUCAAUUGGCAAGAAUUACGAGUCCUUGGGGCAAAUAUAUUUGUUACACGACCCUCGAAAAAACAUUUGAUCGAGUGACAGUAUUUCUCAAGGAAAAAUUUGAUGUGGAAUUCUCCCCGUCUAUUAACGACUUGGAAAUUCUGAACGGCGAAGGUGUGACUGCAUCUUGUCGUAGCCAUGAUCCACGCUUACAAGUGGAGUUUGGUUCCCUUCUGACCAAUCCAGGCGUGAAAGUGAUAAACUCUCCAAAUGGAAAUCAUGCCGAAAUGAGCUUAUCCAAUGUCACUUAUUAUGACGAGGGAACCAUUACAUGUCACGCAAUCAAUCGAGAGAGCGGGGAAAUUGUUGUGUCACACAAGUGGACGUAUGAAGUCAUUAGUGAAAAGGACAAAAAAAGACGCGGGUGGAACUAUUACUGGUCACGUCGUCUCUUGGAACACACGCAUGUUUGUUGGGCAAAGUCAUCUAAUGUUCCUUCAAUAUCGUUUGUGGCGUGUACCAACCAUAUGGAGUGUCAAGUCAGGGGGGCAUGUUUCAGCUUGGGGAGUCGAUGCGACGCCUUGGAAGCGUCACUAUGCUCCGGUGGUUGUCUCAAGUUACCUAAUCGGGGCACCCCAGGUCGUUUGAUGUGCAGAGGUGACGGAAUAAAAGAUGCCGAGCUGUCACUAUACAUCGGAGUGUCUGGAAAAAUCCAUAAUAAAACGGAGGAACUCGACAACGACAAAUUGAUCGCUUCCUCGAACUCUGGGAACGAGACGUUUGCUGGGACAACGGUGGAUUUGUCCUGUAGCGGAACGAGUUUCAAGUUCUCUCGUGGAUUUUACUGGACGGUCCGACUUGCAUCUGGGGAUUUGUUACAACUUGACAGCGAUAUCCCGACAGUUGGGGCUGCAAAUUUGAUGGAUUAUUCAGAAGUAUUUGAUCCGAGGAAUGGAAUUAUCUCACUUUUCUCAAAAAUUAAAAUUCUCACGACGGAAAUUAUUGAAAUUUCAUGUAUCGCACCGCAUUGGGAUUCGUUUAACACGACGACAUUCCCAUUAAAGUUACUUGUAAAAUCCCCAAAAAGUCCAUCAUUUUCUCAAAAAGAGUCUGAAAUAGAUUUGAACCUUGGACAAACAAACUACAGGUUAUCAUGUGAAUCAGUGGGGUUGCCUCUUCCAAAAAUUCAGUGGAUGAAGGAUGGCAAAAAUCUUCCCAGAACUGUUGUUGUUGAAAAUGAUGGGGAUACUUUACUGUUUGAGGAAGUUGCAUAUGCUCAUCAAGGAAAUUACUUGUGCCAAGCGACCAAUCCUGGUGGGAGUGUCACCAAACAAUUCACGAUUUCAGUUGCGGAUUCAAAGACAUCCAUAAUUUGGGGUGUAACCAUUCCCAGUUUAAUUUUCAUUCUAAUUCUCAUCAUUGUUUUGGCUUUGUUCUGGAGACGUAUUCAACGACAAAAGGCUAUGCUGCGGAAUUUGACUGAUGCAGAAAUUGAAGAAUUUUUGUAUGGUAAUCCGGAUGCCAUUGAUCGGACUGAAGACACCAACAAACAAGGGCACCUUUUAGCUUACAAUAGAGAUUACGAAUUUCCCAAGGAUUUCCUCGAGAUCAAAAUGGAAGAAAAACUUGGGUCUGGGGCUUAUGGUCUGGUACUUAAAGGGAUUGCGCGAGGUCUGUUUGCAGGGGACGAGGAAACUGUGGUCGCCAUCAAGACCUUGCAGCCAAAUUCAGACAUCACAAACUUCAAGGCCCUGCUAAUAGAGCUGAAAAUAAUGAGCUUUAUUGGGAGAAAUCCCUACAUUGUCAAUUUGUUGGGAGCUUGUACCACCGACAUUCGCAAACGCGAGGUGUAUAUCAUUGUGGAGUUUUGUGAGAAUGGAAGCUUGGAAAAGUUUCUCAAGAGUCACAGAAGCGACUUUGCCAGCUUUCACGGUACCAAUUUACGAUACAGUGCAGAACCACAAAGGAGCACAGUGUUCUAUGAAAAUCAACCCGGUGCUAGACCCAUGAAAAUUGGCAUCGAUACUCUUUUGAAGUUUUCACGUGAAAUCGCAUGUGGGAUGGAAUAUUUGGCUAGCAGGAAGGUCAUUCACGGCGAUCUUGCUGCUAGAAAUGUCCUACUGACGGAUCAGCUUUAUGCAAAGAUCGGAGAUUUCGGACUAUCACGUCAACUCUAUGAAUAUGCAAAUUAUGUGAAAAAACAACAAGCUCCACUUCCUUGGCGUUGGAUGGCAAUUGAAAGUUUAUGUGAUAUGGAAUUCUCUCAUAAAUCGGAUGUCUGGGCUUUCGGCAUAACUUUGUUUGAGGUAUUUAGUUUGGGCGAAAUCCCAUAUCCUGGGACUAAUUGGACAGAAGAUUUUGUGAGGAAGUUGAGACAAGGAAAUCGACCCCCGAAACCGGAUCUAGCUGAUGAUGCAAUAUACAACAUGUUAAUCGAGUGCUGGAGGUAUGUUCCUGCAGAUCGACCCACUUUUACUGAGCUAAAAGUAUUCUUCGGAAAUAUUUUGAAUCAAAUGGGACUUCCGAUUAUGGAACCACCACCCCCUCCUAGUCGUGAAAAGUUUAAUUUGGCAAUCACCAAUCAGAAUUAUGGAAUUGAAAGGCAAAAGGGUGCUGAGAAUGAGAAAGCUACAGUGUAAAUUUAAACGGUUGAGAAAUUUUGUAUAGCAAUCAAUUUAAUUGAAUGAAUCAAAUCAAUAAAUACAUCAAUUUCAUUUUAUAAAUCUA